AUGACCGUAUGCUCAAUUUGUUUGGAAUGCAAAGAACCGAAUGACAUGCAAAAGCUACCUUGUUCACAUAUGUUCUGCAAAGAUUGCUUGUCAAAAUGUUCAAUAUCACAAUUUUGUCCUGCUCCUUGUUGUACUCACGUACGUCAUGUAAACGUUGUCAUCGAUGAAGCAGAUCAGGAUGAUGAAGAGAUACAAAAGAUAUCAUUUGGUCAAAAAUUACCGUCGAUGCUUCAACUCGAAGAACGACAACGAUGUGAUGGCAGAAAAGGUUCAUUUGCAUGCGUGAAUUCGGCACGUAUGACAUUGAUUAAUUGUCGUCAUCGUCUUUGCUUCGAUUGUUUAACAUCACGCAUUAAUGUCGCCGCUGCAGCUCAGGAGCUACCAUAUUGUCCUAUAUUUCGAUGCGCUAAUCGACUUACUAAAAAUGAAAUUGCAAAAAUAUCUGAGCGUGUGCCACAUAUGCGUAAAACCUGUGCUAAAUUAAUUGAAGCAAGUCCCAGUGAUGCACCUGAAGAACCGCCAGGCAAAGAUGAAUGUGUAUUCUUUUGUUCUGUUUAUCAAUCGGAAAGUAGUAUGAAACCGAUAAUAUUUCCAUUAGCAUGUACGGUUUUUGAUAUGGUCAGUGCUAUGGUGCAGGUUCAGAGAUUAACAAAAAAUCGUACUGCGAAUAAUAUCGGCGUUUAUAUUCGAACAGCAGUUGCAGGUAAGCCAAAAUACGAUCCGGUAGAUGUGAAAGCAAUGUCAAAGAAGAAAAUUUGUGAAACGGAUUUUCACGAUCGUACCCAUUUUGUGCUGGACGUUGACAAUGAGCUCAAAAUAAUGAAUCUUGCAAACGAUAAAUAA